AAGUCAAGAUGUCAAAUAAAUGUCAAUCUGACGUUUAUUGACCAAAACACAAAAUUCUCAAAAUGCCAGGUGUUUGUGAAGAAAUUAUUGGCGAUAUUGAGGAUUUGAUAUCGUCGCAAGACAUCACACCGAAAGAACGGUAUGCAAACCGCAAGAAUGUAACUGUUAGAUCACGGAAAAAAGAGAAAUCAGAAUCGGAAGCCGCAGAAAAGGUUAUAUUACAGAGUGUCGUACCAGGUACUCAAACAAUCUACGUCAAGACAUGGGGAUGUGCCCACAACAGCUCCGACUCGGAGUACAUGGCGGGCCUGCUGGCGGCUAACGGAUACCGCCUCACGGAAGACAAGUGGGCUGCACAGCUGUGGCUACUCAACUCUUGCACUGUGAAGAAUCCAGCUGAGGACCAUUUUAAAAAUGAAAUAGAACUAGGGCAGAGCCGCGGCAUCCAUGUGGUGGUAGCAGGCUGCGUGCCACAGGGGGCUCCACGCGCCAACUAUAUCCAGGGGCUGAGCGUAGUCGGAGUGCAGCAGAUUGACAGGAUCGUUGAGGUUGUAGAAGAGACAUUAAAAGGCCACACAGUCCGUCUCUUUGGUCAAAGAAAGACAGGCGAAGGUCGCAAGGCGGGCGGCGCGUCCCUUCUCCUCCCAAAGGUCCGCAAGAACCCUCUGAUAGAGAUCAUACCGAUCAACACCGGAUGCCUCAACCAAUGCACCUAUUGUAAAACGAAGCAUGCUCGCGGAGAGCUUGGCAGUUACCCACCAGAGGAGAUUGUGGAGAGGGCUCGCCAGUCGUUCACUGAGGGUGUUGUUGAGAUCUGGCUGACUAGUGAGGAUACAGGCACAUAUGGGCGCGAUAUAGGCACAUCGUUACCAGAGUUACUAUGGAAACUCGUGGAAGUGAUCCCUGAAGGCUGUCGACUCCGAUUGGGCAUGACCAACCCACCUUACAUCCUGGAGCAUUUGCCUGACGUCGCCGAGAUCAUGCACCAUCCCAGGGUCUACAAAUUCCUCCACGUGCCAGUCCAGGCUGGUAGUGACCAAGUGUUGUCAGAUAUGAAGAGAGAAUACACAUGUGCAGACUUUGAACGCGUCGUCAAUUAUUUGAGGGAGAAGGUGCCCGGCAUGACGAUAGCUACGGACAUAAUCUGCGGCUUUCCCACUGAGACUGAGGCUGACUUCGAGGACACCAUGAGGCUCUGCAGGAAAUACAAGUUCCCCUCGCUGUUCAUCAACCAGUUCUUCCCGAGGCCUGGUACUCCUGCUGCGAAGAUGCAGCGCGUGCCAGGUCAAGAAGUGAAGAAGCGUACUAAGAUGUUAUCAGAUUUCUUCAGGUCGUACGAGCCGUACGGACACAAAGUUGGCGAGAUACAAGAGGUACUAGUCACGGACAUAUCUCACGAUAAAAAUUAUUUUGUGGCUCAUAACGAGUUUUACGAGCAAGUUUUGGUGCCCAAAGAAGAAAGGUUUAUGGGCAAAAUGUUGACAGUUAAGAUUACAAGUGCAACGAAAUUCUCUAUGAUGGGCGAGGUUAUAGACAAACCUAAGAUGGCGGGUCUCACGGCGCCAUUAAAGAAGGGAGAAGUGUCCGGUGUCUAUACAGAGGUGGAAAGCAAGAAGUUUGUGCCUUUACCGCUGAUAGUGUUGGUCAUUGCAGCAUUAGUUAGGUUGAUAUGGAUAUUUUUAUAAUGUUAAUAAAUAGUUUUUAAGUUA